AUGCCUCCUGAAAAGAAAAUAGCAAAAUAUCAGCCCGCCUCCAGGGCCAGGACACCCCAGUCCAAACUUAAGGUGGAAGAAAUUUACAGUGCGUUAUUGCCCAAUGAUGUCUUUGGCGAACGAGUUCUACGAGCUAGCCGCUUUUACGAUAACUACAAAUACUCAAAUUUCAUUAAUGGAAAAGGAAAGGGAGAGUUCAAACGUAAUCGAGCAGAAUAUGUCCCUACCUGGGUGAUAGAAAGAAACAUGAGUGAUGAAGCUGAUCAACUUCUUGACCUUCUGGAAAAUGGAAUUUUUGAUGCUUUAUUAAAAGGCGUUCUACAUGCUGUACAAUUCACUGUCAUGGCAGACAAAGACUCACCGAACAAAGUGCUGGAGUCCUAUACCUUCACCUUCGAAAAUUUUGGUGAACGUGGCCCCGCAGAUCGUCGAACUAACGGUCCGAGGAUGGACUUUGUUAGCAUCCAUGAUGAUCGAGCUUCCAUGCGUAGUAUGAUUCUCGACGCAAAAGCACUCACCCGACGACUGAUCACGCUGUGUACUGAAUCCCCGCCAUUGCCUAAUGAACGUAGCUUGGGGGUCCACAUCUUCUAUAAGCCGGAAUGUCCCGGAUUAUAUGAUGUGUCUGGAUUCUCUGAUGCCCAAGACGACACCAUCGAAUACCCGCAGACUGCGUACUGGAAGAGGACGACGCGAUUUUAUGGAACUAUCGACAGUGGGUUCCACACUGUCGGCCUGAGAGUGAACUCGCUCAUUUCUACUUCGCCCGGUGGUGAUGCUCACUUUCCUUCUGCAGAGGAGGUGAUAAACCAUGCAGUGCCUCGUUCCAAAGAGGUUGGAAUUCCCACGCCUGCCCAGAUGCCGCUAGAUGUAGUCGGAGAGAUAACCUUGUCCACGGACGAAAGCACAAGUAAUGACAGUGACGGUAUGUAUCUUCGGAUUACCAUCAGUUUGUUUACAUUACUAAAACCCGCAUUCUGUUACUCGAUAAAGAUGCGAUCGUCAACAAGCAGAAGAAGGGGAGAAAGUAGAAUACAGCGCCGAUAUACGAACAACCGAUUGGACGAGAGGAAAUUCUUCCAACAGGAAGAUGUGGUUUCGCAUCAAGCUUCUGCCCAUGAAAGGGCUAAGGUCUGGGCCGAGGCCGCUGCAACUGGUUUCAGUGAACUUUCGACGGAAGAUUACUUGAAAAUGCGGCAGGAUCGCCCCGGACGCCUGAAAAGAGCUCGGUUCCCACUUAAUGAGCCGCAGGAGGAAGAGUAUGCAACGUCUUCCAUGAGUCAAGAUUGUAUUGACCUUUCUGUGGCUCGACUGGAGGCUGGACUGAACUUUGAGCCGCGUGAGUACAUCGCUCGGGUACAAGCCGCAGGACCAAAACCCAUUGUCACGAAAAGGACAGUCGAAUAUGUGAGAAAUCGCCGGAAUUCAAUCGAAGACAUAGUCAUAGGGAGCAGAGACACCAAAAAGAGCACCGCAAGUGACGAACUGUUCAGCCCUACAUCCGUGCGUAGGGGGCGGCGUAAGUACCGAUGUGAGUGCAACACCUGGAGUUUCAAGCCCAGUAAAUCUUACGAGAAGAUAAAAUGUGACAGUUGCAACUAUCAUCAGCACACACUGUGCUAUGGCUAUCAUUCUAGAGGCGACCCCCGAAUCCCAGAUACCCAUUACUGUUACAGUUGCUUGAUUGGAUACGAUUUUGACAGUAAGCUGAUGGGGGAUAUGAUCAAGCUUAUCCGACAGCGCAGAACCAUCCAUCUCAUGUGCAACGCUCAGAAUUUCUUUCGAUUGAAUUGGCACUUGGCCAGGCAACUUAGUAUGGACACCUGUCAUUUUGCCAAACUUGACAUAUGGAAUUGUACCGACGACGAGGCUCGAUCGACCGUUCACAGCCUCCGGAAACUUGGCGUCGUGUUUGCACAUCCAUAUUGGAAGAACAAGAUUUUCCACAAAUUAGGAGAGCCCAAGCUCAUGAUCCGUCGCACAAGGUCAAACUGCGACGUCAUUUGCAGCGAAAUACUGGACCCGAUGUUGCUUAUUCAAGAAUAUUAUGAGAUACCGCCUCCUGGCCCCCAGCCAAUUCAUUCCUCACUUUGGCGCCAGAUUUCUAAAACUGAAGAGAAGCCAAGGCCGUUCAGGUGCGAGUCCCCUGAGUGGAUCAAUACGGCUGAUCCUCGCCUACGACGUACUCCCUGGAAGCGGGUGCGCUCUAACCCUUCCGCCGAUGGGAACUUGUUUGAGGAACAUACUUUGCACAGCGCUUCAAUUCAGAUGCUGAGCCCCUCAUCAGAUGAAGAGGAAUCUGGGGAUGAUUUCGCUCCUAUUGCGUACAACAUACUUGAACUGGUAGAUCCAGGAGGCGAAAGCUCAAAAACAAUAAAAUGA